AAAUAAAUGUAAAAGUCGAAUCUGUUAAACACAGAACUUCACGUCAACAAGAACAAUAAAGCUCGUAGGAAAUUUACGUCAUUUUUUACGACACAUACCAUAAACGGUUCUCCGAACCUCAAACGUGUUCAGAAAAUGUUUAGAAUAAAUAUAUACAUGCUUUAAAAUGGUGUCUUUGGACGACUAUCAGUUUUUGGAGAGAUUUAAAAGUAAACGCAUCCGACUUAUAACAAAAGAAAGCACAUUUGAGGGCAUCGUUCAACGCAUUAAUUUGAACAAGACCAUCAUCUUAGAUGACGUGGUUGAGAUCCGGAGCGGCAGCCGGUUUCGCGGAGCUAAACUCUUCUUUGGACAAGAAAUUCAGAAUGUUGAGUUUGCUCCCUCGUCUAACACUGACCCCCUGGAGGACGAGGAUCAUGGCAAGGUCGGCCAGCUGAGCCUGGCUGAGUUUCAGCCCUACAGAAGUACGCUGUUUGAUGAUGGAGUGAUAGAGGAGGAAGAGCACUCCGUGAACUACGUGGUGGUAGAUGAGUUCCACGAGAAGUUUGGUCCUGCACUGAUGCACAUCCGGAAGCAGCAGGUGAUCGGGCUUGGUCUGGAUGGAGUUGGUGCAUUUCAGAACGAGAGGCUCUGCUGGCUGCAGGUGGCAACCAAAAACAACGUGUACCUCUUUGACAUCUUGUUGCUGGGUGCCCGAGCUUUCAGAAAUGGCCUUUCCACCAUUCUGGAGAGCACGAACAUCCUGAAAGUCAUGCACGACUGCCGGAGGAUCUCCGGGUGUCUGAGUGCGCAGUUUGGCGUGAAUCUUCUGAACGUGUUUGAUACUCAGGUUGCAGAUGUGAUGCACUUUUACGCAGAGACAGGUGGAUUCCUGCCCACGCGGGUGAGUGUGCUGCAAGAGGUCAUCAACGAUCACUUAAAAAUGCCCUUGUCCUCUCUGAGCAUCAAAGAUCAGCUCUGUAGGGAAGACCAACAAGUCUGGUAUGUCCGUCCCUGCCCUGCUCCGCUCCUAAAAGUCAUGGCUUUGUCUGUGAUCCACCUGCAACCUCUCCGUCUUGUACUUUUGGACGCUCUGAUGUCUGACUACACCAGUCUGGUGGACUCUUAUCUAAAGAGCGGUCAGGAAAAUCCUAUACACACAGAGGACAUUGGCAAGAGCGGGCUGGAGCUCCCUCACGAGCUGCGUGAGAUUGACAUAAUCAAGCGUGAGAGACAGAAAAGGGCUGUGGACCACUACAACAUCACCAAGGAUGGACUUCUGGACCGCUACAAUAUCAAGCCUAUUUCAAAGCCAGACUCAGAGAUUCAGGAACAGCCUGAGGUUCUGGAUUACAGCCUGGAUGCUGGAAAAAGGUGUCCCUCUUUUCCUGAAACGUCAACACUAGAAGACGGAAGCGUACCAGACAAGAAGACGGCCUCUAUGCCGAGUUUAGGAAGGGGACUUAUGCUUUCUGCCCCACUGGAACCCAUCAGUGAAAGUGCACUACGCCAGACAAGCACUGCAAAGACAGAACCGUUCGCCUUCAUGGGGGGUGUAGCUCAAAACAGGUUCUGUUCUUUGCCUGUCAUGGGAAGAGGAUUCUUUAACAAACAGUUGUAGCCCCAAAUCACAUCGAAAAGAAAUGUCUGUAAAAGUGCAUGUAUAAAUCUGAAGUGGCAUUUUCUGUUUUGACAGUGUCUCGGCUUUUGCUAUGUUCAAAGUGAUUUGGAAGUAGUUUUGUAAACUGCUUAUGUGCAGAAAAAUGUUUUGCUUGUUGAUUUUUCCAUUAGUUCUUAGAUACAUUAGGUUAAAAAAAGCCAUAGAGAAUUUGCUUGUUGGCUGUAUAUGUAUUUAAUUUUUGGAACAAAAAAUGUUUUGUCUUGUUACCCAAGCUUUUUAUUUUAAGAUAUAAAAAGAUAAAGUUGGGGUUUGAAUUUUCAAACAAAAGUUUUAUUUGAUUAUUUUGACAUCUGCAGUACAGGUGUUAUGCUCAUAGGGGCAGUGUUGCUUACAGAAUAAAAAAAACCCUCUCAUGCUGAGUUUAAUCUGUGUAGUUAACAAGUAGCUGAUCAAUAAUUUGUGUUAAAUGUUCCUGUGGCUCUCUGGGUGCAUUAAUAAUGCAGUGGAAAUGUUGUACUGUCCCUGUUUUCAUUACUGUACCUCAUUAUAAUAAAUGUUCAAUGGCGUGUUUAAUCAUGUGCCGUUCAGUCAGCAUGGACAGGCCCAGCGGUCUGCAACUGUUCAACCUCACACUGACUGAUGUUUUUCCUUUCACUAACACAGUAUGUGGCUGAAAAAGUCGCUUCAUAAUGAAGUGAUCUCUGAGUCGUGGCCCUGUCAGAGCUUGCGCAGUCACUUUCACCCUUUGCUCAAGCGUGUAUGAAAGAGUUAAUGCUUUUAUCCGAACUGCAGGCAGAGAUGUUAGAACUACUUAUAAUAUAGCACCAUUGAAUUAUGGAGUUUCAUUCAUUUUUUAUUCUCUGAUAGUGGUGCAGCUGUAAAUCACGUCUGGAUACGUUAUUGUUUCUAUAGUAACAUUUGAUUCACAGGGAAUUGAUUUGACUUGAUAUUAAGAUUAAUUGUAAUAUUUCAUUUAUUUCACCAUGGCAAAUGUGUAUUUGUUGAUAUUGUGACUUUUACAGCUAUGAAAUAUCUACUUUUUAGACGGAGUCUUCAAUACCUGUGCUAUGUAAUAGUCAGAGGUCAAGCUGAAAAGAAGUUUUAAAUGGUAAUUAUUUACCUAACAGAUAAUGACAAGGGGUUUACCAACAUGCACAACAGUGAUUUAAUACAAUUUUUAUUGAAUUUUUUAAAAAGCA